GCUGUGAAGCAGGAGGCCCUCACCCGUGGGGAAGUCUUCCUUUGUGGCCGCAUCUCAAAGUGUAAGGACCGAGAGCAGGUGCGAAGUGAGGUCGACAUGCUCCUGAGAGAGUUGCAGGUGGAUUAUGUCGACCUGCUCGUGGCCGAGUGUCCGCCAGAGCAAGUGCCGGCUGCCUGGCCCUGGAUAGAGGAGGUUGCGCGAGAAGGCCGCGCCCGUUUCCUGGGCGUCUCCAAUUUCGAUCUCCUGGGCCCCAAGGUCUGUGUGGAGGUCUUCCGGAAGUUCCUUGCGGGCGUCAAGAUGCCGCCUGCGGUAUUGGCCAUGGAGGUCCAUCCGUUGAACACCAACGAAGAGAUGUCCGACUUGUGCCAGAGCAUGGGGAUUCAGGUCCUGGCCUACUCGCCACUCGGUGCGCCCCAUAAAGUGGAGACCUACCUGAAGGUGCUCACGAAAUCAGAUGCUCGAGAAAUGAGGCCCUUGCUGAAGGCCUGGGCAGUGGAGGUUUUUGCACUUUGA